CACACUGCAGCCUAUGAGAACUAGCAGACAGACCUGUCACUCUCUCACACAGACAGACAUGGCUCCCUGCUCAACCAACUUCUCCUCUUUCCACCACCAGAGGUUCGCAGAAAAAGACAUUAAGAUAAGGAAACCCAUCGUGGAGAAGAUGCGUCGGGAUCGCAUCAAUGUCUGCAUCGAGCAGCUCAAGCUCAUCCUGGAGAAGGAGUUCCACAAACAGGACCCCAACACCAAGCUGGAGAAAGCCGACAUCCUGGAGAUGACCGUGAGCUUCCUGAGGCAGCAGCUGCAGCCAGAUCCAUCUCAGAGGGACUACGGCGAGGGUUAUUCACAGUGCUGGAGGGAGUCUCUGCAGUUCCUGUCCGGAAGGCCCAAGAGAGACACCACUUCCACCACCACCUCCGCUGGACCUCUUCAGGGGCUCCAGCAGCAGCUCUACUCCCAGGCCCAGACAUCCAGCUGCAGCCCAAUGGUCCACUCCACCUCCCCAGUCUCCUCCACCCUCCGACCCAUCAGCAACACCACCACCAUGCUCCAGGACACAGGAGCUAAAAGCCCAGUCUGGAGGCCCUGGUAGAGAAAGACACUGGACUGGAGUCACUAUAAAACCUGAGGGAAACAAUGGACUGUAUGUCCCUCACUAUGUAGGAAAUAUGCAUUUCCAACCUGCUCAACCGUUGUGGGUUUGCUGAGCUCUUAAUUUCUCAUCACAUUGAUGGACAGAUAUGUGUGGCACAUUAGUGGCAUAUUGGAAGUGAGGGUAGUCACUUUUUUGUGAAGAUUGUUUUUUCUCUUACUUGUUUUAUCAAAUUAGAUUUUCGUUUGCAGUGAAGAAUGUAGCUAAUUAUUGCUGAUUUUUUUCUUACUCCAGUGGAGUCCAUGUGUUAUAUGAUAGAUGUAACAGCAUCUACAAUAGGCUACUGUAUUUUCUGACAGCAAUUCUUUGAGGAUAUUUCUCUAUUGUUAUUAAUUGUUUUGUUAUGUUAUGGAUGUAUCUUUUAUAAAGGCGAUAGUAUGUUGGUAUGCUUUGUAAUAGCACUGUUAUUUUUCUGAUGUUUUAUAUUGCGUUUAAAGAAGUUCUUAAAACUAUGUAUGACAUUUGUAUGACAAUAAAACUACAAUCAAUUUUAAAUAAAUA